CGCCGGUGAACCUAACCAGGCUUUUCUCCACCGACACAGCCGACUAAUCUGCCGCCUGUCCGCCGAGUCAGAGCCGCGGUGUUUUUGCAACCUAGAUAAUGUCGGAUUUCGAUGAGUUUGAGAAACAGCUGAGCGAGAAUCGACAAGAGCGGGAAAGAGAGAGGCACAAAAAGCGGAGCCGUAGCGAAUCUCCCGAACGAGGAGACAAGCACCGCAGCUGGAGCAAAGAUCGAGGAAGUCGAAGUCGAGAGAAGAGGAGCCGGAGCCGGGACCGAAAGAGCCGGGACCGUCGCAGCUCCUCCCGCGACCACAAGAAGCACAGUCACUCUCCAAGGCGAACCAGAAAGAAAAGAAUCUGUAAAUACUGGGACGUCCCUCCUCCAGGAUUUGAACACAUCACACCGAUGCAGUACAAAGCUAUGCAAGCGGCAGGUCAGAUCCCAACAAUAGCUCUGCUGGCAACGUCCACCACCACCGGAGUGGCAGCAGCACCAACACCAGUGCCGAUUGUUGGCAGCCAGAUGACAAGACAAGCCAGACGUCUCUACGUAGGAAACAUCCCAUUUGGAGUAACAGAGGAGUCGAUGGCAGAGUUCUUCAACGCUCAGAUGCGUCUGGCAGGUCUCUCACAAGCCCUGAGCAACCCGGUUCUCGCCGUGCAGAUUAAUCAGGACAAAAACUUUGCUUUUCUAGAGUUUCGUUCCGUUGAUGAGACGACGCAGGCCAUGGCCUUCGAUGGAAUUAUUUUCCAGGGUCAGUCGCUGAAGAUCAGACGACCUCACGACUAUCGGCCUUUACCUGGGCUCUCGGAGCAGCCAGCCUUCCAUGUUCCAGGUGUCGUCUCCACCGUGGUACCAGAUUCUCCCCAUAAACUGUUCAUCGGAGGUCUGCCUAAUUACCUAAACGACGACCAGGUAAAGGAGCUCUUGACGUCAUUCGGGCCUCUCAAAGCCUUCAACCUGGUGAAGGACAGCGCCACAUCGCUGUCCAAAGGCUACGCUUUUUGUGAGUACGUAGACAUCAGCGCCACUGACCAGGCGGUUGCUGGGCUCAAUGGGAUGCAGCUGGGAGACAAAAAGCUCAUCGUUCAGAGGGCGAGUGUGGGAGCUAAAAACGCCAACCCUACUUCUAUCAUAGAGACCCCGGUCACCCUCCAGGUUCCCGGGCUUCAGCGACUGCAGAACACCAGCAUGCCCACAGAGGUGCUCUGCCUCCUCAACAUGGUGAUGCCGGAGGAGCUGGUGGAUGAUGAGGACUACGAGGAGAUCCUAGAGGACAUCCGCGAGGAGUGCUGCAAAUAUGGCAACGUUCGCUCUAUGGAGAUCCCCCGCCCCGUGGACGGCGUGGAGGUCCCAGGAUGCGGAAAGAUCUUUGUGGAGUACAUCUCUGCUGCAGACUGUCAGAAAGCCAUGCAGGCUCUCACCGGCCGCAAGUUUGCCAACCGCGUGGUGGUGACCAAAUACUACGACCCCGACAUGUACCACAGACACGAGUUUUGAUCUGAAUCUUGUGUCAUUUAGAGACUAAACUUGGAGAUUAUUCUGACAGAUCGGACUGCCAUGUGAGUCGUGCCGAGAACUCCCAGCAGAACUCUACCUAGAACUCCUGCAGGAAGCCUAAGAUUUGCUGAAUGUUUUACCUAAACUGAGCCUGUCUGACUCCUCAGCUGAAAAAGCUCUGCAUGAAAUAUAAAACACAACUGGUAAAUGUUUAGAUUUCCUUCCUGAGCACAAAUAUUUAUUUUUAGUAGUUUGUUUUUAGAUUUGAUAAGCCACGAUGCAGUUACCUGGAAAUACUUAUUUGUACUUUCCCAAAUAAAUAUUUCCUGCUACAUGAGUCCCAUAUUGAACAGACUGAAGCUGUUGGACAGUGGAUGUUUUACAGCCUCAAAAGAAAAUGUUGUACAUAAAGAUAUUAUUGCCAUUUAAUUGGGAAUACAUGGUUGAAACUGGUUUUAAUAACAAAUGAAAUAGUUUGUGUGUAAAUCAGCCACAUCUGAUGGUUGGGAUGCUGACCGUUUGUUUAUCUCCUGAACCUUUCUGAGGCCAGUCUACCUUCAGUUGGUCCCGAGUCUGCUCCGCUGGCUGUUGUUGCUGUGGAGCGUUUUUAAAAUGGAAGUAUCUGUGAAGCAGCCUUGAUGGGAGCCGGUUUACUUCUCUAAAGUCUAAGGAAACAUUUUGUGUAUCGUCUCCUGCAGGAGGACAAACUGCUGAUUAGGAUUUUAUAAAAGACACGUUUGUUGCUGCAUCCUCGUCAUGUAAAUGAGGUUUUAAGUGUGUGUAGGAUAGGUGAUGUUUGAAUUAUAAACUCUUAUAAUGAAGUCAUGUUGGGUGUGUGUGGGUGUGUGUGUGUGUGUGUACAUUAUGUAUAUGUGAAGUGAUAAAACAAAUUUUACACCUAAAUCCUUCAAAGCAUCCAGCAAACUAUCUCCAAUGUUUUGAAAGCACACACAGAUCUUUGUCCCCAUUCAAAUUAAAUGUUUGAUUUUAUCAAAUGAGUCUUAAAACAAGCUUUCUGCUGGGUUUCGUAAAGCCGAAAGCCUAAAAAACAUCUAUAUGUUCCAAAUAAAGUCUUAAAACUACACUUAUUUACCGCUUCUACGUGCCCGUAGGGUGUGUUUCUUCCAUCAUCUUCUUAAAUCUAUUGAUAAAUGCUGCUGACAUUCA